GAUAUUCAUAUUUCUCACUAUAACCAAAUUAUAAUUGUAAUACUCUUGGCAGAACAAAUUACAAGUUCCAAAUGGCUCUUCAGGCUGCUUCCUUGGUUCCCGCUUCUUUCUCCAUUCCUAAAGAGGGAAAGUCUAGCGCAUCACUUAGAGACACAACAUUGUUUGGUCUUUCAUUUUCAGACACUGUCAAAAGUGACUUAACCUCCUCUGCAUUGAGGUCUAAGAGGGAAUUUCAUAAAAAGUUUGGAGCAGUGAGAGCCCAGACAGUGGCUACCGAGGCGCCGGCCGUGAAGGCGGGUGCACCAGGUGGCAAGAAAACAUUGAGGAAGGGCAGUGUUGUGAUCACAGGAGCUUCGUCCGGACUCGGCCUUGCGACUGCUAAGGCAUUGGCCGAGACAGGUAAAUGGCAUGUCAUAAUGGCCUGCAGGGACUUCCUAAAAGCCGAAAGAGCUGCGAAAUCUGCCGGCAUUGCCAAAGAGAACUACUCCAUCAUGCAUUUGGAUCUUGCAUCUCUUGACAGCGUCCGUCAGUUCGUCGAUAACUUCAGGCGUUCUGAAAGGCCGUUAGAUGUGCUGGUCUGUAAUGCUGCUGUUUAUUUGCCAACUGCUAAGGAACCUACUUACACAGCCGAAGGAUUUGAACUCAGCGUAGGGACUAACCAUCUCGGACAUUUCCUCCUCUCGCGACUAUUGCUCGACGACUUGAACAAAUCUGACUAUCCAUCCAAGCGCAUGAUCAUUGUUGGCUCAAUUACAGGAAACACGAACACAUUGGCCGGAAAUGUGCCUCCCAAGGCAAACCUGGGGGACAUGAGGGGACUGGCUGGAGGCUUGAAUGGGCUGAACACUUCAUCCAUGAUAGAUGGGGGAGAUUUUGAUGGUGCAAAGGCGUAUAAGGACAGCAAAGUCUGCAACAUGCUCACCAUGCAAGAAUUCCACAGAAGAUACCAUGAGGAAACUGGAAUCACAUUCGCUUCGCUUUACCCUGGUUGCAUUGCCACAACUGGCUUGUUUAGAGAGCACAUUCCCCUGUUCAGGCUUCUCUUCCCUCCAUUCCAAAAGUUCAUUACCAAAGGGUUUGUCUCAGAAGAUGAGGCAGGAAAGAGACUUGCACAGGUUGUGAGCGAUCCAAGCCUAACGAAGUCAGGUGUAUACUGGAGCUGGAACAAGGAUUCUGCUUCAUUUGAAAACCAGUUGUCGCAGGAGGCUAGCGACGCGGAUAAGGCUCGCAAGGUAUGGGAGAUCAGUGAGAAGCUUGUUGGUUUAGCCUGAAGUUCAUGGCAGUGAGCUUCCAAGUUGAUUCAUUUGGUGCCAUUUGCCAUGAAGUUGGAUAAAAUAACAUCUAAGAAGAGUGAAAUUCCCCUUUUCUAAUGAGUUCAUUACAUGUUUCGGUAUCUGCUAACUCCUUUUGCUUAGAUGACUUUGCGGCAAAGUGCACAUAUGUAUGAAAUUAAUGAGAAAUGAAAUAACAGUGAAUCAUCAUUAUUGUAAUCAAUGUUAUUGCAAUC